CUGAGCAGGCCUGUUGGCCAGGGCCUAAAGAUAGCUGUAAAGGGGCAAAGUAAAUCAAUUAACUCCAUGGUGUUCAUCUCUUGAUAUCAAAACUUCUUUCUUUACACGCUUCUCCUCUGAUCCUGUGGAGAUGAAAAUUGACAUCCAUAAUCAUAUUCUACCAAAAGAAUGGCCAGAUCUAAAAAAGAGAUUCGGCUAUGGAGGCUGGGUGCAGCUCCAACACCACAGCAAGGGAGAAGCGAAGAUGCUGAAAGACGGGAAGGUUUUCAGGGUGAUCCAAGAGAACUGCUGGGAUCCAGAAGUCCGUAUUAGAGAAAUGGACCAAACAGGAGUGACCGUGCAAGCCCUUUCCACAGUCCCCGUCAUGUUUAGCUACUGGGCCAAACCUCAAGACACGCUAGACCUGUGCCAGUUUUUAAACAACGACUUAGCUGCCACUGUAGCGAGGCACCCCAGGAGGUUCGUGGGCCUGGGGACGUUGCCCAUGCAGGCCCCGGAGCUGGCCGUCAAGGAGAUGGAGCGCUGUGUGAAGGAGCUGGGCUUCCCGGGGAUCCAGAUCGGCUCCCACGUCAACACGUGGGACCUGAAUGCGCAGGAACUCUUCCCUGUCUACGCAGCAGCUGAGAAGCUGAACUGUUCCCUAUUCGUGCACCCCUGGGACAUGCAGAUGGAUGGACGGAUGGCCAAAUACUGGCUCCCUUGGCUCGUAGGAAUGCCAGCAGAGACCACCACAGCCAUUUGCUCCAUGAUCAUGGGUGGAGUGUUCGAGAAGUUUCCUAAACUGAAAGUGUGUUUUGCACAUGGAGGUGGAGCCUUCCCCUUUACAGUAGGAAGAAUCUCCCAUGGAUUCAGUGUGCGCCCAGAUCUGUGUGCCCAGGACAAUCCAAUCAACCCAAGGAAGUACCUUGGUUCCUUUUACACAGACUCCUUGGUUCACGAUCCCCUGGCCCUCAAGCUGUUAACAGAUGUCGUGGGAAAGGAUAAAGUCAUU